AUGUCUGGAAGAGAAGCUACUUUAAUAUUAUUAGAUGUUGGAGCAUCAAUGUAUAGUCAAUAUUAAUAGGGUGGAAAUAAGAAGUUAAGCAGAUUAGAAUUGGCAGUAGAUUGUUUAGGAUUGAUGAUUUAAUAAAAGAUAUUUAAUUAUAAGAAUCAUGAAGUUGGAUUAAUUUUAUUUGGUACAGAAGAAGCACCAGAUGGUAAAACAUUGUACAUCUAAGAUUUAUCAAUUCCAGAUUUAGAUUUUUUUAGAAAUCUUAGUGAUUUACCUAAUCAUGAUGUUGCAUAAUAAGUAGGUGGAGAUAUAUUUGAUGCAUUAGAUAAAGCAGUACAUGCAUUAGAUGAUCAUGCUAAAACAAAAAAAAUGGAAAAGAAGAUAUUUAUAUUAACAGCUGGUUGUGGAUAAACUGAUUAUAGUGAAAAAUAGAUAACUAAAUUAAUUAAGAUGAUUGAAAAAGUAGAUGUUAAAAUUAAUUUUAUUGCACUUGAUUUUAUGAAUGAUUAUAAUGGAGAUAUGGAUGAUCCUGAUAAACCUGAAGAAUUUGAAGCUCUUAAUAAUAGAAUGCUUACAGCUUCAUAUCAAUGUUAAGAAUAAUCUAUUAAUUCUCGUUAUGUAUUUUUGAUGGUUUAAGAAUUAAGAAAUAAUAUGAGAAUAUUUCCAGCUAAUGUUGCAUUUGAAUUAUAUUCUUAAUUUCAUACUAGAUCAUUAUAAGCAAGAGCAUCAUUCAGAGGAGAUUUUUAAAUUAAUGAUGAAAUAUCUAUUCAAGUACUCAUAUAUAAAAGAUGUUUUGAAGAAAGAUUACCUAAUCUUAAAAAACAUUCUACUCUUGGUGAAUUUCAAACUGAUAUUCAUAAGAAUCAUGUUAGAAAUGAUCUUAUCUAUUAUAAUCCAGAAGAUCCUAAUAUGACACCAAUAGAAAAAGACAAUAUUAUUAGAGGAUAUUAAUAUGGUAGAAAUCUAGUUCCUGUAGAUUAAAUAAUGGAAGAUAAAAUGAAAUAUUAAUGUCCUCGUUAAUUUUAAUUAUUAGGUUUUGUGGAUCGAUCUCAUAUACCUAGAUAUUAUUAUAUAUCAACUGUUGAUAUGGUCAUUGCAGUAGAAAAUCAGAAAUAACAAAAAGCUUUAGCUGCUUUAGUUAUUGCACUAAUAGCAACUAGAAAAGUAGCCAUAGCAAGAUUUGUAGGCAGAGAAAAAACAGCACCUAAAUUGAUUAUGUUAUUACCACAUAAAUCAAAAAAUUCAUAGUGUUUCUGGAUGAUCUCAUUACCUACAACUGAAGAUAUAAGACAUUUUCAAUUUGCUGCUUUAAAGAGAUCUACUCCUCCAUAAUAAAUGGCAGUUUCUGCUAUGAUUGAUAGUAUGGAUUUAGAAAAGAUGCCUACAGAAGAUGGAUAAUUUGAAGAACUUCUUAAAAUGAAAUAUGUUGCUAAUCCAACUAGAUAAUAUUUUCAAUAAGUAGUCAUGCAUAAAGCCAUAACUAGAACUGAUGUAUUACCUCCUAUAUCACCUCUUAUUUUAGAGUAUUUACAUCCAGAAAUAAGGGUUUAUAAUUAUGCUAAAGAAGCACUUUAAAAAAUUAAAACUGCUUUUAAAUUUAAAGUUAAUGAAAUGAAAAAAUAAUCAGAUAAGAAAGUAUUUUGGAAACAACUAUUUGAAGAAUAAUCAACAGAAUAAGUUUAAUAAUAAGUUGAAGAUGAAGUUGUUGAAAUUAAUUAAGAAGAGGAAGAAAUGGUUAAUAUGUUUGCUAAAUAAAAAUUAGGAUUUAAUGAUGAUAUUAUAAAAGAAAUUGGAACUGUUGAUCCUAUAUCAGAUUUCAAAAAAAUGAUUACAGAAAAGAGAAUAGAUCUAGUUGAUACAGCUUUAUAAUAAAUACAAAAAGUGGUUAUUCAACUUGUUGAUCAAUCUCUUAAAGGUAGUUUUUAUCCAAAAGCACUUGAAUGUCUAAAAGAAAUGAGAAAAGCUUGUAUUACAGAAGAUGAAGCUCCAGUAUUUAAUAAAUAUUUACAUGUUCUUAAAGAGAAAUAUAGUCAACUUGUUUUUUGGGCUUAGAUUGUUUAAUAAGGAAUCACUUUAAUUAGUAAUAUAGAGAAUUAGAAAUCUAAUAUUAGUGUUGAUGAAGCAUAAGAAGUAAUAUUUUAUUUUAAUAAUUUUAGUUUUUAAAUAAAGAAGAUAUUAGUCAUAAAUAAUUAGUUGAUCAAUUAUAACAUGAAGAAGAAGAUUUAUUGGCUGAAAUUGAUUGA